CUAAGCAAACACUUCUAUUUCAAAAAAAAAAAAAUCACUUCCAAGUCCCAACAAACUUCACAAAACUCCAAACACACACAAAAUAAAAAUACUAAAAAAAAAAAGAAAUUGAAAGAAAAACCGAGAAACAGAAAUGGGGUUUGAGACAUUUCAAAUUCCAAACGGUUUUUAGUUCUCACUCUCUCAACUCUUCUUCCAUUCAUCUUCUUCAUCCUACUUUGUACAUCUUUGUUAUCAUCGAUACCUUUGCUAAUCACAAUUAAGCCACACUAAUCACGUGCUUAAUUAAACAAUUAGCAACAACAUUAACCAGAAAAUAAGAUAUUUAGUACACUAAGAUUCUGUUUUACAGAGCAGAAGUAGAAGAUAAGGAAUAUAUCCAACCUAGAUUGUAUGAUUUAGUUUUGUAUUUCGCAAGUGGAAAGAAAGUUGAUUAAUUACUUAGGUCGCUUUCUUUCUAUGAAGUAUGUAGUUGGGUUUAUCCAGAUGGUUUAUGUUGCUUUCUCUCUCCUCAAAAUUUUGUUUCCUUAAUCUUAACAUAAAUUUACCCAUUUCUCCAUCACUCAUAUCCUUAUCUUAGUCCUCUCUCUCUCCUCCGUACUGUACAGAUUCUCUCUCCCCAACUUCCUAGUUAACCCACCUUCAAGGGUUUUUUUUUUUUUUUAAAUUUUUUUUAUCUGAUUAUUUCAGAUUUUUUUCUGUUGGGUGUUUUUUCUUUCUUUUGGGAGGAAUUGAUGGAGAUAAAGAAGGAGAUGAAGGAUUUAGUGUUGCAUGGCGAAGAUCUUGAAGUUUUUGGCGUGACUGCCGGGGGAGAUGGUUGUAUGAAGGAUGAAGAGGAGAUCUGGUUUGAAACCGCUUCUCAACACCAUGAAGAAAAUAAUGAUAAUAAUAAUCUGAAUAAUGAUGAUUUUUUGGAUGUGGAUGUCAGCGAUCCAUCAUCUUUAUUCUACGCUGACUUCCCACCACUUCCGGAUUUUCCUUGCAUGUCAUCCUCAUCGUCAUCUUCGUCAACUCCAGCCGCUACGGUUGUGAAGCCAUUUGGUACUGCAUCUUCCACUUCUACAUCUUCUUCGGCUUCAACCGCGUCUUCCGGGGCGGCGUCAUGGGCUGUGUUGAAGUCUGAUGCGGAUCACGACCCUGAGCCGUCGUCGUCCACGGCUGUAUCGGUGGAUGUGCUGAAUAAUAGUCAUCUUCAUCCGGGUUCGGAUCAUCGGCUUCAAAGGGUGGAGGAGAUGGUGAUGGAUGAUGUUGAUGAGUGCAUGGAUAUGAUGCAGAAUUUCGGGUGCAUAGACUUGCUGGAGAAUACUGAUAUUUGCUGGGACCCGUCGCCGUUAUUUGAAGAUAACGGCGACGAGCACGAGCAUGAUAGCAGCCAGUAUCAGUUUCUACAGCCGGAGGAGAUGUUGGAGAAUCAUCUUGUGGAGGAAGAGAGGGUGUUUAAGCAGUUCAUGCAACAACACCAAGACCAAGGUGAGAAUACUACUAGUAAUAAUACUACUAGUGGGGUUGUUGAUCAUGAUGUUGUUAUUAUUGGUCAAAACAGCGGCGGAGGCGGCGUCGGUGGUGAUGGGAUCAUCCAUGAACCGGGUUCGUCCCCAGAUGAUCUGGCUAUGGUGUUCUUUGAAUGGUUGAAGUCGAACAAGGAGGCGAUAUCGGCCCAGGAUUUGAGGAAUAUUAAGAUCAAGAAGUCUACUAUUGAGAACGCCGCUAAAAGGCUGGGUGGUGGACAAGAAGGAAUGAAACAGUUGCUUAAGUUGAUACUUGAGUGGGUGCAAAAUCAUCAUUUGCAAAAUAAGCGGAUGAUGAUUGGUAGUGAAGAUGAAAUCCAAGUUGUUAGUGGUGGUAAUAAUAAUACUACUAACAAUAAUCUUAAUCCAAAUUGUUAUUCAAUCCAAGAACAUAACACGACCAUUAAUGAAAAUAACAAUGCUACUACUCCUAGUGAUACUAAUGCUAACCCUAAUUGCCCGCCCGAGCCGCAAUGUUUUAGCCCGGCGACGUGGCUACCAACUCCUCCUCAUCCACCACCGCCAUUCGUGAAUGAAUCGCUCCCACCCCCUCCGCCGGGAUUCCCACCCACGGUUGGGUUUAUGGGUUAUCCACCCCCUAUCCCGCCAUCGGAUUACCACUCAUGGGGACCCACCCCGAUGCAGUACGGGAUGGGUCCUCAUUACGGAGCGUUUCCUGACGCGGCUCAGUUUGGAGGGUAUGGAAACCCUCCUCCUUACCCGGGGUUCUAUUAUCAUCCUGGCCCUCCUACUGAGGGGUUGGUGAGGUUAGGGUCUUCAGCUACGAAGGAGGCUCGGAAGAAGAGGAUGGCUCGGCAGCGGAGGUUCUUUUCUCACCAUCAUAGGAGUUCCCAUCAUAAUAGUCAUCAUCAGCAUCAAAACCAUGGUAAUCAUGGGAGUUUAGUUAAUCAUCAACAUAUGAUGAAUCAGAUGGCUGAGCAGCAGCAUGCAAUGGUAGGGAAUGGAAAUUGUGGGGUUGUUGCACCACAAGGAAAUUGGGUGUACUGGCCUCCUCCUCAACCGCAAGUGGUGCCGCCGCCUCAAGUCAACCAUCCCGGUCCUAUGGUUGCUCAAAUGAUGCCGCCAAUGGAGAGGCCCGGAAACAGCUUUCACAAGCAAGUUGGGAUUGACAAGAAACAGGGGUGGAAAACAGAGAAGAAUUUGAGAUUCCUUCUCCAAAAAGUGUUGAAGCAAAGUGAUGUGGGUAAUCUAGGGAGGAUUGUCUUGCCCAAGAAAGAAGCAGAGACACAUCUGCCGGAGCUGGAGGCGAGGGAUGGAAUUCCCAUCGCCAUGGAAGACAUCGGUACCUCUCGUGUGUGGAACAUGCGUUACAGCGUCAGGUUUUGGCCUAACAACAAAAGCAGGAUGUAUCUCCUUGAAAACACAGGGGAUUUUGUGAGAUCCAAUGGACUCCAAGAAGGGGACUUCAUUGUAAUCUAUUCAGAUGUAAAAUGUGGCAAAUAUAUGAUAAGAGGAGUGAAAGUACGGCCACAACAACAAAACACGAAACCUGAAUUAAGCAACAAGAAGUCAAGCAAGAGCCAGAAAACUGAAGGAACCUCCUCCCCAGCUGGAAAUGGCCUGUCAUCUUCUCCAAACAUUAUGCAAAUGCAAAGUUAAAUUUGUUUGUUCAUAGAUCGAACUCUUUUGCAGUAGUAUAUAGCUCCAAUUUCUAUCCAUACAAGCGGUGAUUAAGACAAUAAAGCCUUGAGGGGGUGGUGUUUGAAUGGCCAUGUCUCAUCUAAAGAAGAUCAGAGGCCAGGGUCAAAGGACAUUCACUAUCAUAACUGCUCGCGCUCUAACUGAGUUUAGUCCUCGAUGAUGCUUGAGGACUGGAGGAGACUAGGGGUACGACUCCAUUAACGAUUAUAUAUGGUCAGCUUUUGAAGGCAUUUGUAUGUUGAAACUUGUACUAUUCCGUAUUUUGUUGUAUGUCCGCCCUCAAAUUGUCAUGUGGUAUGUAUUGUUGUAGCUUUUGUGCUACUGUUGCAUGAAAAUGUGAAUGCAAUUUCUGUAUUUGUGUCAUACAGUAAUAAACAUGUAAGCGCAAUCACAAAGUUAAUCUAAUUUGAUACUUCGUAUUUUUUAU